AUGUCGCUUCCUCCUAAGUGGUACCAGUUUCUGGUCUGUGUCUUUGCUUCAUUGGGAUCUGUGCUUUACGGAUACGAUCUUGGUGUUAUUGCCGAGGCUAUCGCCAGCCCUUCGCUAAUUAGCGAGUUUAAUAUCGAUUCCACCCAGAGUGGAGCUAUCACGGCCGUCUUCACAGGAGGUGCUUUCUUUGGUGCCAUUUUUGCCGGUCCUCUGGGUGAUUACACAGGCCGUAAAUAUACAAUUCUUAUUGGUUCUAUUAUUUUCUUGCUAGGAGGUGGUCUUCAAACUGGCGCACAGAAAAUCGCCUAUCUAUAUGCCGGACGAGCAGUUGCAGGUCUGGGAGUUGGCAUUCUGGUCAUGAUUGUGCCCAUCUACCAAGCAGAACUCGCACACCCAGACAUUCGUGGCCGAGUCACUUCCCUCCAGCAACUUAUGCUUGGAGUGGGCUCCCUAGUCGCCUCCUGGAUCUCCUGGGGUACAUACAUCAACUUCGGUCCAACAGACUCACGCCAAUGGCGUAUCUCCCUGGGUAUCCAAAUGGUGCCGGCCGUCUUCCUCGCCGCCUUGAUUCUGCUGUUCCCCGAGUCCCCGCGUUGGCUGAUCGACCACGGCCGACUGGACGAGGGCCUGCAGACACUAGCUCGACUGCACUCUCGUGGCGAUGUCAAUGAUGCCUGGGUCCAGACGGAGUACGACCAGAUUUGCAACUCCAUUGCUCAUGAGCAUGAAGCGGAGGCCAAGUCCUAUUCGGAACUGUUCACAGAUCGCUCGUGCUUCCGACGUCUCUUUUUGGCCUGUUCUAUCCAGGCUGCUGCGCAGAUGACUGGUGUCAGCGCUAUUCAGUACUUCAGUCCUACGAUUUUCAAGCAGAUGGGUAUUGCUACCAAUGAUACGCUGAAGUACCAGGGUAUCAGUUCUAUUAUUGCUAUCAUUGCGCAGUUCCUUUGCAUGCUGUUCAUUGAUAAGACUGGCCGACGUUGGCCGCAGAUUAUUGGAAAUCUGGGCAACUGUCUCUUCUUUAUCAUCCCCACGAUCUUGAUUGCUAAGUUUCCCCCGGGCACAACACACAACAACUCCGCUGGCUGGGCGUUCAUUAUCAUGACCUGGUGCUACAACUUCAGCUACAGUGCGACAGUUGGCCCCUUGACCUGGAUCAUCUGCGCUGAGAUCUUCGACACAAAGACUCGAUCUAAGGGUGUCUCCAUCGCGACUAUGGUCUCCUUUGCCUUCAACACGAUGAUCGGCCAGAUUACCGCUCCCGCCAUUGCUAACAUCGGUGGCUGGGGCUUUUAUAUCAUUUUCUGCGUUUUUAACUUUACGAACGCUAUAUUCUUCUGGCUUAUUCUCCCUGAGACUACGAAGUUGCCUCUGGAGGAUAUGAACGCUUUGUUUAGAAACGAGCCGUGGUUGGUACCGGGUACGCAGACGCAUAAGUUUAUUGAGCGGAGGCAGAUGCCGUUGCCCAUCAGUCCGGAGAAGAUUGAGCAUUUUACUACUCAUGAGGAGACUGCUGCUUAG